AUGUCAUUGCCUUCAGAAUCUCAGGCCUCAAGCAAUGAAGCGCGAUCCACGACCGUCCACCGCUCGUUGUCAGAGAGACGCCAUGAGAAUCCGCAUGCGGCGAGACGAGAUAGCAGCGGGGCCGAGGAUCAUACGACUUGGACACAGUUUCUACGAGAAGACCAGAACCAGUUGAUGGAUAGUGGCAGCACUCGCGGUGACGACAACUCUUUAACCAGAAAACGAAGAAUAGGAAGCGGUAGUGGUAGAGGCGGCGGCGGCGGCGGCGUUGGAGGAGGUAGCAGCAGCGGUAUGGAAAUAUCAGGAGCUAGAGGUACCCAACCAGUUUCUAUCAGGCAGCAUUCUCGACCCGGUGCAGCUGGAGCUCGACUAUUAGGAAACUCCAGCUUUAUUCGACAAGACGAAGAAGAGACGACCGAGACUCAACCCGCUGCCUCUCCCCCGUCCUCAUCGAUGUCCCGCCAGCUGAACUCUCUACGGCACCGUGAACGAAGCUUUACAGACCACCGACUCCCACGAUGGCAACCCGACGCUGAAGUCACUGAAUGUCCAAUAUGUGGCGUCACAUUUACCUUCUGGUUUCGAAAACACCACUGCAGGAAGUGCGGCAGGGUCGUUUGCGCAGCUUGCUCGCCUCAUAGAAUCACAAUACCACAACAGUUUAUCGUCCGUCCGCCCGAAGCUCAGACGCAAAUGACGUUGUCGAGCAUUAUCCAGCGUGGUACAACGGACCGUGAAGUUGUCAGUUUUAUUGACAAUGAAGAAGUACGGCCGCAGCUGUCGCCGUCUCAGUCCCGGAGCCACCACCGCGCAACAUCCAUCCAUCAGAUUCCCAGAAAUGCACUAGGCGGAGGGUCGGAAGUUCGUCUCUGCAACCCUUGCGUGCCUGAUCCCAACCCAGAGCCUCCUCGCCGAUACAGAGCGAGCAGCAGUACGUCUCAUCAUGAGCAUAGAGCGAGAAAUACCAGUUUAGGAUGGGAAGACCACCACCGUUCACCGGGAGAUCCGCACUCCCUACCAUCGGAAUAUCAGAGCUCAAGCGUCUGGAGCGCAAGUGCCGAAAGGCCUCGUCGCCAGGUGCCGUCGACGCCUUUCCACCUGGAGGGCAGACGGCAGCGUAACCAGGAGUUCGAAUCUAGUGUUCGCGGCUACAGACGAGAUUCUCAAAGAGCUCACCGUACAAGUUUAACAGAAGCAAAUCUUCCUUCAUAUGGAGGCUUUGGCUAUGAAGUAUCAUCCAGUCUUCGGGGGCUGGUACCCCGGUAUCUGCCAGGGAGGGAGGGCGAAUCUCAAAUCCAGGGCUCACCGCCAUCAUCUUUCCCUGAUGUAUUCACAGGAUUACAGCGGAACCAGCAUCAUCCAUCGUAUUCGCGGUCUACACUCCGCACAUCAGACAUGAAUCGCCCCCUUCCAGCACCACCAUCCGCCUCACGAUCUCGUCCUACCAUCGCCGAACGAGAUAUUUGCCCCGUAUGCAAUCGUAUAUUCCCCCCUCAAGCUCCAGGCCGUGACGAAGAUGCACGCGAAGCACAUAUCCGCGUGUGUAUUGAAAGACAUGCCUCCAGACGCCCUGGAGCUUCUAACCAAUCUCCACAAACCUCUAUUAACACGCCGUCAGAACGCCUGAGGAUGCUUACUUUCCUUGCAACAGAGAAAGAUUGCUUAGGCACAGACGGUAUCCUGCACGAAUGCUCCAUUUGCAUGGAGGAGUAUGAAGUUGGCGCCGAACUGGCACGCCUGGAGUGUCUCUGCAAAUUCCACAAGUCUUGCAUUCUUGGAUGGUUCGACCGCAAAGAAGAGUGCCCUGUCCAUAAAGUGACAUAG